UCCCCAAGUUGCCUGCCAACUACAUUUCUAUACUCAUGUCAGCCAAUGUUACCUACCAGGCUACCACUGUAAACUUAUAUGGGACUCUGAAAAUUUUUCUAAGAAAUUCUCCAAAUAAAAGAAAUUCCAAACAUUUCUUCGCAACACUUGCAGUAACAAAGUCAGCUGAAAUGGUGAAGACAAUCAGAGUUCAUGAAUUUGGAGGACCAGAGGUCCUAAAAUGGGAAGAUGUGGAAGUAGGAGAGCCAAAAGACGGCGAGAUCCGUGUGAGAAACAAGGCUAUUGGAAUCAACUUCAUCGAUGUUUAUUUCCGGAAAGGACUUUACUAUAAAGCUGCUACAAUGCCUUUUGUUCCUGGGAUGGAAGCAGUUGGGGUGGUAACAGCCGUUGGCCCUAGAUUAACUGGAAGAAAAGUUGGUGAUGUCGUUGCUUAUUACGGUCAACCAAUGGGCUCGUACGCUGAAGAACAAAUCCUUCCUGCUAAUGCUGCAGUGACUGUCCCUCCUUCUAUAGAUCCUAAGAUUGCAGCAUCUGUCCUACUUAAGGGUAUGACUGCUCAAAUGCUAGUUCGGCGCUCAUUUAAGUUUCGUAAUUCUUAUCUUGCAGUCGAACCCGGACACACCAUUCUUGUCCACGCAGCAGCUGGUGGAGUCGGGUCUCUUUUGUGUCAGUGGGGAAAAGCCCUUGGUGCAACAGUUAUUGGAACUGUUUCAACAGAGGAAAAGGCAGUACAAGCUGAGGAGGACGGAUGCGACCACGUUACUGUCUAUAAGAAAGAGGACUUUGUUGCUGCCGUCAACACAAUUACAUUGGGAAAGGGAGUUGAAGUCGUCUAUGAUUCUGUUGGAAAAGAUACAUUCCAGGGAUCACUGACAUGUUUGAAGACUUGCGGAUACAUGGUGAGCUACGGGCAAUCGUCGGGGGUAAUUGAACCUGUUCCAUUAUCAGCUCUAGUUGAGAAAUCCUUGUUCUUAACGAGGCCUUCACUUUUCCAGUACGACACAACUCGGGAUCACCUUCUGGCAGAUGCAGGGGAAGUUUUUGCAAAUGUUGAUGCAGGUGUGCUGCGUGUUCGUGUCAACCACUCAUACCCUCUAUCAGAAGCAGCUCAGGCUCAUUCAGAUAUUGAGAGUAGAAAGACAUCAGGCUCUGUGGUGUUGAUACCUGAUGAGUGAUGCGAGGGAUGCUGCAAAGUACUAAUAAAGUUGUGUAAAGAAUAGAACUCUCUAAAUGUCACAAUCGACUUAAGAAAUUAGAUUUGUAUCUACAGGUUUCAUGCGA